ACUGAACUUAGUCUGAGUGGUAUAAAAUGCCUGAAAAAAAUUAAGAGAAUAUGUUGAAGUCUAAUUCUCGAACUCAAAAUGAGGUACUUAUUAUUAUUAGCAUUUUUUCCCGUUGCUUUCGGGUUCAAUUAUCUUAUUAUUUCCCCAGUUUUUGGGUACAGUCAUAUGAAAUUUAUGGGAAGAAUUGCAGACAUCCUUGCUGAUGCUGGACAUAAUGUGACUUUAUUCCAACCAAUAAUUUAUGAUUACUAUGCACACAAAAAAAUUGUGAAGAAUCCGAACAUUGAAGUGAUUAAUUAUGAAGUCGAUGAAGAAGAAAAAGCUGCAGCUUCUGAAGCGAGUGUUUUCAAGUUUUUCUGGAAAGCAAAAGGAUCUAAAAACCCAAUCUCUUCUGCAAAAAUUACAUCAGAAAAACUUUACAAAGAGUUUGAGCAUAUUUGUAGAAAAAUGCUUUUGGACAAGGAACUUCAUCGUUGGAUUCUAUCGAAAAACUUUGACUCCCACAUAUCAGAGGCAUUUGAUUUUUGUGGUUUAUAUCUUGGAGACUUCUUGAAACUAAAAUCACCAAUCCCUCUCUAUAGUGGAGUUCGAUGUGGAGCAGCUUCAUACGCUGUGGGUGAACCUAUUCCAUUGAAUUACUUACCAACAGAGGGGUCUAAUUAUGGGAAGAAAUCGAGCGCAAUUGACCGAUUAAGUGACAUGCUUGGACUAACCGGUUAUCACUUUCAAUUCGGGAUUUUGUUUGAUAAACAAUAUGAUCAAGCUUACCGAUUAACUGGUGGAAAUGUCCGAACUUGGCAAGAAAUACUUCAAAGCUCCACGUUUUUCUUGACAAACUCCAAUCCUUACUUAUCAUUUUCAACACCAACAAUUUCAAAAGUGAUUCAAAUUGGAGGUUUCACUAUUGAAUCAUUCAAAACAACUACACUCGAUGAAGAAUUUAACAAAAUACUUUCGCUCAGAAACAACACCAUUCUAGUGUCUUUUGGAACAGUUAUUCAAUCAUCAGAUAUGCCAGAUGAUUUCAAAACUGGACUUAUUGAAGCAUUUCGCAGAAUGCCAGAUGCUACAUUUAUCUGGAAAUAUGAAGAGGAUGAUAAGACGUUGAAGAAUAAACUUUCUGAAAACGUAGUUUUAAGCAAGUGGAUUCCUCAGCCAGCUCUGUUAGCAGACAGUCGAUUAGAUUUGUUUGUGACUCAUGGAGGUUUGGGAAGUACUAUGGAAGUUGGAUAUGCAGGAGUGUCAAGUAUUAUGGUUCCUGUAUUCAGUGAUCAAGGAGUAAAUGCAGAGAUGUUAGCUCGCCAUGGUGGUGCCAUUGUCUAUGACAAAUUUGAUCUUGUCGAUAGCAAGAAACUAAUGGAGACGAUCCAGAUGAUUCUCAAUAAUUCUGAUUACAGAAAGAAUUCGAAACGUCUUUCUGAUAUUCUUCAUAAUCAACCAAUGGAUCCGAAGCAAGUACUUCUAAAUCAUUGCGAAUUUGCGGCUCGAUUUGCACAGGUUGAUAAUUUAGAACCAUACGCCAAUAAAUACAACUUUAUCGAAUUUUAUUGUCUUGACAGUCUAGCAUUGGUUGUUUGUACAAUUUCUGUUGUAGCAUUAGUGAUGUUUAAGAUCUUAAGUUUUGUUGUCAAUAGCGUAAUCGAAAAAUUGAAAUUAAAAAAAGAAUAAAUAAAUAAUUUUUUUCCAA